GGCUGUUCUUGCUGGAGGAACCAAGGCCGGCUGAAAAAAUCUCCUCGGCAUCCAUCGGAUACGCCUAUCAGAGAGCCUUUCCUCAUAUCUGUCUGGCUCAUGUUGGUUGCACGAGACUAACGGAGAGCUUCUGGACUGUUUUCCUACUUGCUUCUCCUCACCUUGAUUGCACAGUUGAGCUAGACGUCUCUGCCACUGCGCAUUCUUUCAUCCAGGCUUGGUGCUCAUCAAGCCACAUCGUCCUAUGGACUUGCUCGACCUACUUACACAAACUCGAUUCGGCGGCCGAAUCUUUCGCCCAAGCCAACAACUACUGGGGAGCCUCGAGCAGCUCGAACGUCGCCAGGUUAGGAGUUCCUUGUUGCCACCGCGUACUAAAGGAACCACCCCGCCAGCCACAGAUAUGGCUACCGACGAUAACCCAGAACUUGACACUCCCCAAGCUCCUCCGAACAAUGCUACGAAUCCAAUUCUAAGCAUUCCAGCCGACAUCUUCAGGUGUGUUGCUGAUUACCUUGAGCGUGCGGACGCUCUAAGGCUCAAGCUAGUCUGCCGUGGAUUAUCGCAGUCCAAGCUCAUCGAUGAGGUCAUAUUCAAGUAUCCAAUUCAAUUCGAAGAUGUUAGAGAAAUGCGGAUGAAAGACUGGUAUUACAAGAGCUCUGGCCGCGAGCGCUGGGAAGCUUUCUGUGCGUCCGUCAAUGAUGGCAAUAGGAGGUUUAUUUCUAAGCUGGCAAUGGGCCAUUUCUCCACCAUUGAUGAUUUCAAGUGGAUAUCCGACAAUCUACCGAAUCUAACGAGCCUCGAUAUCUCUAACAUCAAGGACUUUGUGUGGACUCCUGCCGAGAUAUGGACGUGGAGUGAGCUACUCCAAGCUUGUCCGACUCUCUUUUCACGGCUCCAAGAGCUGGAAGUUUGCAAUUGGUCUGAUUUCUCGGCUCACUCCAGAGUCGAGUACAACUAUUCAUACAGCGACUACCAAUUCAAGUCUAAGUUUCGGCUGUCGCGUCGUAGAGACAUGAGUUCUGUCCCAAGCACCAUUCUUCCGGCCUGCACGCAACUCAAGACAUUGGGAGUUCGAGGGUGCUCUCGCCACAUCACAUGGAACGAAUGGGAAAUACAUCAGCGAGUCUGCGUCUUUGUCGAUGCGCUCGUCACUCAUGGCCCCUCGACAUUGACGACGUUGAGACUGCACGACAUGUCACCUUUUCUCUCUUUGCUAGUCUCCGAGAACGCGAAACUGCGCAAGCUUUGCAAGAUUGAACUCAAUCUUUGCACUUGGAUGCAAGAACAUCGCGACAGCUUCCGAAGCUACAACUACCCAUUUCUGACACAUCGCAUGAUCCCUGGGACGCAGCAUCGAGAAGAGGAGGGGGAUUUCGAUACCGGUGACCAAGGAGUCGGCCAUUCUCUAUGCAACAUGUUCAAGGAGCUUCAUACUGCUUCCCAAGAAUCUCACAUCAAGCUGAUCCCUACAGAGUCACUUCGUGAUGUCAUCCUUCACCCUUUCCACUUCGUUUCCAUCCAUAGACCAACGCACCGCCAUGUGGAGCACCCUGACUAUUCCGUCGAUGAGGAGAUGCAAUCCGCCUUGAAGUGGAUGGCAACUACCUGUGGUUUCAAGCCAAUUUUUGCCUGGGAUUCUCUGUGUUGCGAUGUAUUCCCGGACAACAUUGAUCACGCCACCACCAAGCCCAAGGCUGACAUCAUCUCCGGCCUGAAGGCUUUCUUCGAGACCCUGCGCCAAUUGGGCAUCCCGGUGAGACUAACGAUCGGCAAAAUAGGUGAUCGUAUGAUGUCGUGCAGCAAUAGCGGACUCGAUAGCAGCGUGUACUUCUCCGAUUAUAAACACCACGUCGGAGAGGGCGCAGGGCGAAAACAAGUUCUCGCUGCAAGCCAAGCACGAUUCAACCUGAGCAACAUCGCCCAUCUCGUGGACGAGCUGAUUAUUCAGUACUCCCUAGACAUGCCUGGCGUGGCCGGCUGGGGAAAAUCCAAUCGCCAGCUAUCAAAGGGCGAACUCGCCCUCGUUGCUCGCGAACUAAAGGGUUGGCGGAAAUUCUGGGCACGCUACGCCCUCCGCCUCACAGCCCUCAAAAAGCUUACACUCCUCAUCCCACGGGAGAUCUUCGAAGCCUGGUCUCUGUCUAAACAGCUCGCGCAGUUGCUUGGCCACGAGUCGUGGCAGGUGCUGGAGCUGGAUGUUGUCAGCAGGCGGAUCGAGCCUUCAGUCAUUGAUAGCUUUUUGCUGGGUCGGUAUCUGCACAAGAGACAUCCCCGGAUGAAGUUCCUCAAGCGUGCCUUCUACCGCCAGAACGAAGACCCGCUGCAACUCAACGCAGCGCUAAUGACGGAGGAUAUGCUCAAUGAAGAAAACACCUUCGCCGAGGACGGGGAGGAGUUGGCGGACUUACCAAAGGAAGAGGUAAAUCGGUUCUGGAGCGCUGGACGGAGACCUGAAAAACGGCCGCUUCAGUACAGCGAUAUGCCGCCUACCAAGAGGCCGCGUAUAGAGUGA